GCCAGAUACCACAGCAAAACCACGCAAACAUGGCGUCUGAUGACUUAGUUUGGAACAUCAUCGGCAAUCAGUUCUGCUCCUACAAAGUAAAAACCACCAAAGACCAAACCUUCUGUCGAAACGAAUACAACGUCACCGGCCUCUGUACUAAACAAUCCUGCCCGCUCUCCAAUUCCAGAUAUGCUACUCUCCGCCCGCAUCCCGAGACCGGCGUUCUCUACCUCUACAUCAAGACUGUCGAGCGCGCCCAUCUGCCAAAUCGAUGGUGGCAGCGGAUCAAACUCUCUUCCAAUUAUGCGACCGCGCUCGCUCAAAUCGACGCGCAGCUGAUCUACUGGCCCAAAUUCCUGCUGCACAAGUGCAAGCAGCGGUUGACACGGCUGACACAGGUUGCGAUUCGGACGCGGAAAUUGGCGCGGGAACAAGAGAGGCUGGGAGAGAAGCUAGUGCCGAAGCUAGCACCAAAGGUGCGGAGGAGAGAGGAGACGCGUGAGCGGAAGGCAGAGGCCGCGGCGAAGGUUGAGAGGGCAAUUGAGAGAGUAUUAGUUGAGAGAUUAAGGAGUGGGGCGUAUGGAGACAGGCCGUUGAACGUAGAGCCAAAUGUGUGGAAGAAGGUCAUGAAAGGUCUGGAGAGAAGUGGAGAGGCAACUCGCGAUGAAGAUCUCGACGACGGCAUUGAAGAAGAGGUCGAAGAGAUUGAGGGCGAGUACGAGAAAGAGCUCGGUGAGGGUGAAGUCGAGUACGUGAGCGACAUUGAGGGCGAGUCGGACGACGAGGAUGGCGAUAUGGAGGACUUUGACGACUGGAUGGACGGAGAGAGUGCGGACGAAGAGUCUAGUAACGAAGAAGUAGAGGAAGACGACGAGAGCGGUAGUGCAAGUGACGAGGAAGGCGAGGAUGAAGGCGAGGAGGUUGAAGCUCUCAAGAAAGCCCUCGGAAACCUCAAGCGCAAACGACCAGCCGCGCCGUCACCGAAACCGAAGAAGAAACCUUCCAAAGGACCACGGCGGGAGAUCGAGUAUGAGAUCGAGCGAGAGCCGGCUUCAAGACAGGUCCUUAAUGCUUAAGCCGUCUCCCUUUGUGGUCGCAACAAGAUCACACUGCGUCCCCUCUCUAUCCACAGUGUUGGCAAAAACUGUCCGCCCGACGUGCACAAUUCCUCGACGCCACAAGGCUUCUCGUCCUUUUAGAUAUCCGAGCACGGAUCAUUAAGUAUGGCGUUUACGGAAAUGACUCUGUUCAGUACUGCAGAGCUACGCUCUUAUGGCGCAAUAUCCUAUGAUCAUGGAUUUUGAUUCCUCUUGCACCUCUGUAGUAGAACCAGGACACUCACUAUCAGUAGUAGGAAAUAACCUCAAGAUUCAGUCAAUAAACUCCUCCUUUUCCUUCUCUCCG